AUGGAGAAAAGGAUAGAGCUAGAAAAACGCGGAAAAGCUCCGGAUCAAGUGGCAGUAAUUUCAUUAUAUAUUUAUCAGAAAUGUGGAAAAAGCAAACUGCAAUGUAAAUCAUUAUUUGCCGCUUUAAUUUGUUACAUCAAUAUACUUAUUCUUUUAAAAAAUUAUGGCAUAAAUAUCAGAGAACUGAAUUUAGAUAAUUGUCGAAGCACUAGCAUUAUAGGUCUUACAGAUGAAUUUGUGAAUUUAGAGUGUCUUAGCUUGAUUAAUGUUGGCCUUACAAGUCUUAAAGGGUUUCCAAAACUUCCUAAUCUCAAAAGAUUGGAAUUAUCAGAUAACAGGAUUUCAAAUGGUUUAAAUCUUCUUCACACAUCGCCGAAAAUAACACAUUUAAAUUUAUCUGGCAAUAAAAUUAAAGAUUUGGAAACACUGGAACCAUUAAAGGAACUUAAAAAUUUAAGGAAUCUUGACCUUUUUAAUAAUGAUACAACUAAUAUUGAAAAUUACAGAGAAAAAGUUUUUAAUUUAAUACCCAAUUUAAAAUAUUUGGAUGGAUAUGAUACAGAAGAUAAAGAAGCAGAAAGUGAUGAAGAAUGGGAAGAUGAAGAAGAAGAUGGUUUAGAAGCUGUAUAUAAAGAUAAUCUUGAGGAUGACAGCGAGGAAUAUGAAGGAGAAGAAGAAGAGGAUGAAGAUGAAGAUGAUGAAGAUGUAGACGAUGAAGAGGAAGAAGAUGGAGAAGAAGAAUCCACGCCACGAAGCAAAAAAAGAAAAUUAGAUGCGAGUGACAAAGAAGAUGAUCAUAUAAAAAAAAGUAAUAAUAGUACUGUUGAGUGA